AUGUUCUCCCGCACGGCUUUCUCGCAGGCCUUUCGCCCAAUCUCACGGCCCUCGUCUCGGCCUAUCCGUUCCCCAGCCUUUGCGCUGCCCUCGGUCUUCCAUGCGCGUCUCUUGUCCUCCGAGACCCGCGCGGCCAUUGACAAGGCGGUUGCGUCCGCCCCCGUCGUCCUGUUCAUGAAGGGCACUCCCGAAACCCCCCAGUGCGGCUUCUCUCGUGCGAGCAUUCAGAUUUUGGGCUUGCAGGGCGUGGACCCCAAGAAGUUUGUGGCUUUUAAUGUGCUUGAGGAUCCUGAGUUGCGUCAAGGUGUGAAGGAGUACUCAGACUGGCCCACCAUCCCUCAGUUGUACCUCGACAAGGAGUUUGUCGGAGGAUGCGAUAUUUUGAUGUCUAUGCACCAGAGCGGAGAGCUUGCCAAGAUGCUCGAGGGUAAGGGGGUUCUGGUGGCGGCGGAUCAAUAA